AUGGACUCAGGCAACCAUACAGAGUUUUUUCUUCAGGGAUUAUCAGAGACCUGGGAACUGCAAGUCUUAUUCUGUGUUCUCCUCUUGAUCUUCUAUGUCAUCAUUCUUCCUGGGAAUAUCCUCAUCAUUGUGACUAUUUUGAAAGACCCCCAAUUGGGAUCCCCCAUGUUUUUCUUCUUGGCCAACCUGGCUUUGAUGGACAUUUGCUACAGCUGUGUCACCCCUCCAAAGAUGAUAGCCAACCUCUUCUCUGGAUACAAAACCAUCUCUUUCAAAGGUUGCCUGACACAGCUUUUUUUCAUCCACUUUCUAGGUGGAGCUGAAAUCAAUCUCCUUAUUUCCAUGGCACUGGAUCGGUAUGUGGCUAUCUGUCACCCAUUACAUUAUGUGACUGUAAUUACCAAGCCAGCUUUCUGGGUUUUAGUGGUGGUUUCAUGGGCUGGAGGAUUCAUACAUUCCAUAAUUCAGGUCAUUCUCAUCUUCCCACUCCCUUUCUGUGGUCCCAAUAAACUAGAUAACUUCUUCUGUGAUAUCACCCAAAUAAUCAGGUUAGCUUGUACCAAUACCUACACUCUAGAAUUUGUAAUGUUUAUCAACAGUGGCCUUGUAACCAUUGGAUGCUUCAUCCUUCUUCUCAUAUCCUAUGGUGUACUGCUGAUCAAAGUAAGGACGAGUGCCAGCCAAGGGAAGAGCAAAGCAUCUUCUACUUGCAUCACUCACAUUAUCAUCAUUUUCAUCAUGUUUGUUCCAGCCAUUUACAUCUACUGUCAUCCCUUCCAUGACUUUCCCUUUGACAAAAUGGUGGCCUUUCUCCACACCGUGGUUUUCCCUUUGAUGAACCCUAUGAUUUACACACUGAGGAAUAAGGAAGUCAAAGUUGCCAUGUGGAGACUGCUGAAGAACUAUAGCAUUUAG